UAAGUAGAUUUUUGGUUUUGUACAGUUUUAGUUUUACAGAAAAACGGAGACGGUAAUACACAGAGUUCCUGUCUACUCAGCACCCGGUUUCUUCUAAUUAAUGAAUAGAUUACAUUAGCAACGGUACAUUUAUUACAGUUAAUUAACCAAUAUUGAAACAUUGUUAUUAACUCCACAGUUUAUUCAGAUUUCUCUGGUUUUUAUCUAAUGUGUUUUUUCUGUUUUAGGGUCCCCCCCCCCCCCGGGACACCACAUCACGUGUGGUCACCAUGUCUCCUUAGGCUCCCCUUGCUGUGACAGUUUCUCAGACUUUCACUGUUUUGAUGACCUUGUCAGUUUUGAAGAGAACCGAUCAGAAAAUGACUGCGGUGUUGGAAGAUCAUUACUACUGGAAGGCCGGUUAGCAUCAAUUUCCUAACAGAUACUUGACCACCAUCUGUUCUGGCAUGGCGCAAAGCAGUCCACAGCUUGAUAUGCAGGUUCUCCAUGACCUCCGACAACGUUUCCCGGAGAUUCCAGAGGGUGUUGUGUCUCAAUGCAUGUUACAGAACAACAACAAUCUUGAAGCCUGUUGCCGAGCCCUUUCCCAGGAGAGUAGCAAAUACUUAUAUAUGGAAUACCAUAGUCCAGAGGACAACAGGAUGAAUCGAAAUCGCCUUUUGCAUAUUAAUCUGGGUAUCCAUUCUCCUAGUAGCUACCACCCAGCAGAUGGAGCCCAACUUAACGGUGGUCGAACACUGGUACACAGCUCAAGCGAUGGACAUAUUGAUCCACAGCAUGCGGCAAGUAAACAGCUGAUCUGCUUAGUUCAGGAACCACACUCAGCUCCAGCUGUUGUGGCUGCUGCUCCGAACUACAAUCCCUUUUUUAUGAAUGAACAGAACAGAAGUGCAGCUACUCCUCCUUCACAGCCACCUCAACAGCCAUCUUCCAUGCAAACAGGAAUGAGUCCAUCUGCUAUGCAAGGGCCUUCGCCACCACCCCCUCCUCCUCCUUCAUACAUGCACAUACCUCGGUAUGGUACCAAUCCCAUUACUGUUACGGUAUCCCAGAACCUCCCUUCCGGACAGACUGUACCAAGAGCUUUACAAAUCCUGCCACAGAUUCCAAGCAAUCUCUAUGGGCCUCCUGGUUCUAUUUAUAUUAGACAGACAUCUCAGAGUUCAUCAGGGAGACAAACUCCUCAGAGUACGCCGUGGCAGUCCUCCCCCCAGGGCCCGGUGCCUCAUUACAGCCAGCGUCCCUUACCCGUUUAUCCACAUCAACAGAACUAUCAGCCUUCUCAGUAUUCUCCCAAACAGCAGCAGAUUCCUCAACCUGCUUACCAUUCACCGCCCCCUUCUCAGUGUCCUUCACCCUUCAGCUCUCCGCAACAUCAAGUGCAGCCUUCCCAGUUGGGCCAUCCAGGUUCCCAUGUCUUUAUGCCACCUAGUCCUUCCACCACGCCGCCCCAUCCGUAUCAACAAGGACCUCCUAGCUAUCAGAAACAGGGGAGCCAUUCGGUCGCCUAUCUCCCGUACGCACCGUCCAGCUUACCCAAAGGAUCCAUGAAGAAGAUAGAAAUUACAGUUGAACCCUCUCAGAGACCUGGGACAGCCAUGAACAGGAGUCCUUCACCUAUCAGUAAUCAGCCGUCUCCACGGAAUCAGCACUCACUGUACACAGCCACCACGCCACCUUCAAGUUCCCCUUCAAGAGGCAUGUCCGGGCAACCAAAACCUCCAUUUAGUGUUAAUCCUGUGUAUAUUACGUAUACACAGCCAACUGGACCUUCAUGUGUUCCGUCACCGUCUCCUCGAAUGAUACCAAACCCAACUACAGUUUUUAAAAUUACCGUAGGUCGAGCGACGACUGAAAAUCUUUUAAAUUUAGUGGACCAAGAAGAACGUUCUGCAGCCCCAGAACCGAUUCAGCCCAUUUCAGUGAUACCUGGUUCUGGGGGAGAAAAGGGAAGCCAUAAAUACCAGAGGAGUUCUAGUUCUGGAUCAGAUGACUAUGCCUAUACACAAGCCUUGCUGUUACAUCAGCGAGCAAGGAUGGAGAGGUUAGCAAAGCAGUUGAAACUCGAGAAAGAGGAGCUCGAGCGCUUGAAGGCCGAAGUUAACGGUAUGGAGCAUGACCUGAUGCAGAGACGGCUCCGAAGGGUCAGCUGUACCACGGCGAUUCCCACGCCUGAGGAAAUGACAAGAUUGAGAAGCAUGAACAGACAACUCCAGAUAAAUGUUGACUGUACACUGAAAGAAGUUGACCUCCUUCAAUCUAGAGGAAACUUUGAUCCAAAAGCCAUGAAUAAUUUUUAUGACAACAUAGAACCUGGCCCAGUUGUACCACCCAAGCCAUCUAAAAAAGACUCAUCAGACCCUUGCACAAUUGAGAGGAAAGCCCGGAGAAUUAGCGUGACCUCCAAAGUACAGGCAGACGUCCAUGACACCCAGGCAGCAGCUGCAGAUGAGCAUCUAUCCGGCUCCAAGCAGAGUCCUCGGACACAGCCCCGAGACGAGGACUACGAAGGGGCUCCGUGGAAUUGCGACAGCUGCACCUUCCUGAACCACCCCGCCCUCAACCGCUGUGAGCAGUGCGAGAUGCCGCGGUACACUUGAACUCCGAUGGGUCCGCGUCAGUUCGAGAGUGAAACUUGGAGCCCCCACUCGAAGAAAAGAAAACCUUGGGAAGCUGUUCAUCUGCCCAGCCUUUUUCCCUGGCAGAUUCCACGGGGGGAGGAGGAAGGACCCUGGAGCUGGUUGUGCUCACUAAAGGAAAAAUGGGGAGUUCUCUUUGGUGGGGUUUUUUUUGGUGGGGUUUUUUUUUUUCUUUUUUCUUUUUUUUUUUUUUCCUUUCUCAACUCGUUGCAGAGUGAGAUAGAAAGGGAUACUUGAAACCGGGAAAGGAUUCACUCCUGAAAGAAUGGACACAGAGAGGGCAAGCGCUCUUCUGUGGAAUCCCAAUUGUUAAAGUUACUGCUGAGUAGCCCUUACUUUAUAAACUAGAACUUUCAGUCA